CCUCAAGGUCUGGGCCGAAUAUGAAUCUUUCGAUCGAAUCCUCGUCAAUAAUUAAGAAGCUUAUGCCGUUCCACGUUCAGCGGCGCAUCUCGGUCGGUUUACCGAAGUUCAUCCUGUCGUAGGAUCCUCGCGGAAGUUCCGGCGAAACGUUGUCGUCCCAUUGAUCACCGCACAAGUCCGAUCGUGCACCUCGAACGCGACGUGUCAAGUUCAGCCUGACGCAAGCCCCGCGUCCACGUGCGGCGGCGAUGGGGUGGGACAGAGACGAACGGCCACCGGACGGACGUGUACAACGUUAGACACCACCGUUUCGAUCGGCGGCGAACGCCGACUAUAGGAAAAACCGCCGCCCUCGAAACCACCACCCUGAAGUGUCAGUAGCGUGCCGUCUGUUCUUGCUAUUGCCACGAGCCCGUUUCCGCUAUUCGACUCGGGUCCGAACAUCGUCGGUCGAGGCGAAUCGAUUCGGGACCGGCCAUCGCGGAACACGGUCCGGUAGAGUACCGAUCCGAGAGAAAGAAGCGAGCGUGACCGGCCGCAACGGAGGGUUGAUCGGCGGGCGCACGAGCCGUGGCGAUCGAGUGAUGGGAUACUUUUGAACGAUCCAUGAAAUUUCGAAUGUUGACGAAUGGUGCUUGUGAAAAAUCCGUCGCCCUCUCGAGGCGAGAGUCCCCAAAAAGAAAAUGCGAAGAAGGAUAAGAAAAGGAGCCGCGUGUCGCGCGGCAAUAGUCCAUCGGAAACGAAUCUGUCCAGGGGGAACAGUCCCGGCAGAAACGGUAGCAACGUUAAGAGGGUCGUUAAGAGCAGCCUGUUGCAGUCCAGGGGAAGCGAAACCGGCAGCAUCGAGAAGCUGGUGGACGGCGACAGGAGGCAGAUAGCCACGAAACACUUGCUUCCAGAGAAUAAUAUAAAUGUCGUCGUCAGAGUCCGUCCACUCAGCAGUAAAGAAGUUAAAGCGGGAGAUCAUAUGGCGGUGCAGUUUCCCGGAGAUGGACAGAUAUACUGCGAAGGAUCUCCGAGCAGCGGAGACAAGAAGGGUAAAUUAUUUUCAUACAACGUCGUCUUCGAGCCCACGGCCUCUCAAGAGGACAUCCUGCAAUUCUCCGGUAUCAAGAAGCUCAUUGAAAUGGCGGUGGAAGGGUUCAGCUGUACAGCGUUCUGCUACGGGCAGACAGGAAGUGGGAAAACUCACACCCUUACAGGACCUCCGGGAAUGUUGGAAAGGAUAAAUUCCUACUCGGAGGAUAACGGCCUGGUCUUCCGGUCCUUCGUCUACCUAUUCAAGCUCCUGCAGGAACGGGAACAGUGCAACUUCGUUCUGAGAGCCUCCUUCCUGGAGAUCUACAACGAGAAGGUAAUAGAUCUGUUGAAUCCCGGCACGUCGAGGAAACCCCUGAUGGUCCGGUGGAGCAAAAAGACGCGAGGCUUCUUCGUCGAGAAUCUUUUCACCGUCGAGUGCGAGGAGCUUGACGACCUUCUCGCGGUUCUCGAAGAAGGUAUGAGGAACAGAUCCGUCGGCGCGCACAAUAUGAACGAGCACUCCAGCAGAAGCCACAGCAUCCUUACCGUUAGUAUUACGUCUGAGCAACAAAUGGACAACAGCGUGUUCAUCUCGAGGCAGGGGAAAAUCAAUUUCGUCGACCUGGCUGGCAGCGAGAUGACGAAGAAGACGCAGAGCGAGGGAAAGACCUUGGAGGAAGCGAACAACAUCAACAAAAGCCUAAUGGUUCUGGGCUACUGCAUAUCCUCGCUGAGCGAUGGGAAACGCAAGGGCGGCCACAUUCCAUACCGGGACAGUAAGCUGACCAAACUUCUCGCCGAUAGUUUGGCGGGCAACGGCGUUGCAUUGAUGAUCGCCUGCGUUUCACCGGCCCGAUCCAACGCCAGUGAGACGUUGAACACUCUGAGGUACGCGGCCAGGGUGAAGAAAAUUCGAACGAAGCCGAUCGUGGUCAUGGAUCCCCGGGAAGCUUUGAUUUUGAGCCUGAAACGCGAGGUGGGAGCAUUGCAGACCGAGAACGAGCACCUGAAGGCGGCUCUUCAUCUGAACGGCGACAACCAGAAUAUCAUUCGAAGCGAAUCCAAGGCGGAAAGGAGAGUACCAUUGACACCGCCGGUCGUGGACUUAGACAAGCUGUCCGAAAUGGAGCGGCCGGAAUUGAGUCAGCUGAUUCACGCGUACAUCACGGAGAACGAGGCUCUGCGCCGCGAGAAUGCCGAGCUGUACGCCACCAGGGAGCAAGUGAUACGGGACCAAGAACUAGUUUGCAGGGAGAACGAGAGGCUGCUGAAGAAACUGGAGGACGUGAACUCGAUUUAUUACUGCAGAGUGUGUUGCCGGUCACCGAUCAUACCUGCCAGGCCCACCUACUCCGCGGAGGCGUUCAACGACACCAACAACGAGGAUAUGCCCGGAGCGACCAACGUAUGGACCAACCCGAAUGUAGAGCCUACGCCGCUGUCGACUGACAUAAUCAGACGCGGACUGUACAAGUCCACGAGCAACAUGCCAGAGAAAAUUCAGAAGGAACUGGACAAACGAAGAAUCGUUGGCAGCCACAAUAACAUAGCUGAGACUUACAAAGACAAGAGUCAACACCGCCGUCACAACUCCUGGGACAAUGGGAAUGGCCUGGUGCGAAUGAGUCCGGAUCAGACUAUGUCACCCGUACAUCUUAAUCAACAGAAGAAGACGAAUGUUCGUCGUACUUCGACAGUCCCUGAAGAAAGAAGACCCUCAGAGAACGAUGUCCUAGGGGAAGCGGUUCGACCGACCGACGACUUCAACGAGUCUCCGGACUCGAUACUCAGCGGUCCCUUGGAGAUGGUGAACUCCGCUCCGAACACGGCGGAAUCGGAGACUCCCACCGCACCGUUUCCAGCGGCGUCGGACGGCUCGUCGCCGUUCGACACACUAGUAUCCGAGCAAAGAGUCCGGUCUCGGUUCUCGGAGAACGCCAAAGAAAAAGAGGAUGAAACCUCGCAAAGGGCGUUUGGUAGUCCGAUCCCCAUCGACGAAGACAAACCCCUUUGAACGUCCCAAAACGAAUGCGGUAGUCGAUGAUACUGUUACCAAUACUAUUACCAAUAUUGUCCAGGUGUGAUCAGCUAGCAGGAUGGAGAGAUUUCAAUAGAGCAACGAUAAGAUUGGAACUUGUAGGCAAGUUGUAGCGCCACGGGUCGCUGAAAUUCAAUUGAUCGCUCCAGAGGAUUUAUAUUAGUAGAUUACGAGUGACCUCGAGGACCAACCGAUUUUGUCUUAGCUUACUAUAGAUCGUUAUACGAGUUCUGUCCGUUGAUCUCCGCGGAGUAGCGAUUUCAUGUUAUCUCGGGACGUCUUUGCAGUUUUAUUUUGCUAGGCAUGAGGUAUUUUCGAAACCAAAGUGUAACGCCAGGCGGCGGACAGAACAUUUACAGCUGCGCAGCGUAAAAGAAAAACAAGCUCGUUUGGAAUGAUUAAAACGAGACACAGCGCCGUCUGCGGAUGGUGGCAAACAUGUAUCUGUUUUUCAAGUAAUAAGAGAACAAUAUCGCGUUUUCGAGAACGCGUAGCGUGUAGUAGAGGAAUUAUUUCCAUAUAGAUAACGUAACUGUGUGUGAGACUUAGGCGUGAAUUCCAACGGUCAUGGUCACGUAUCAAAUUCUACCUCUGAGUAAGAUUUAAAGUCGUCCAAGCCGAAAAUACGGCGUGGACCAACGUUUCUGUGCAAUAAAGUAUAUUUGGUUGUUCUAUCGUUGACGAUGAUUCCUCGGUGCCUGUCCGGGUCGCUCUGAAAAGAGUUUCGAGUCCGUUGCCGGGCAUCGCUAAAGAUAGCAUAAUUCGAUUGGAAAGAAAGCGGCCAGAGCGAAUGGAACGGACAAAACAUUGUCGCCCAGCCGUCCCGAUAAGAAAACUCUAUAAAAAGACAAUGUGACCCAUUGUGCUCGUUAUCGGCGCGAGCCGAAUGGUUCUGCAACUGCGUGCCAAUAAUUUGCCGGCGGCGCGUGCAUAAUUCAUCAGAUACACAUCUUGCCACGUCAGAUAAACAGGACAGAGAAAUAGAUAGAUAAUAGACGCGAUCGUGCCCGAGGAUAAUAAAACGCGAAUCGCAGAUGGCGUUCGUACAGGUUAGAACAUUUGCCAGAAAACAUUCGAUGCUACUCGCGCAUUGGUCGAAAUUGUUUCGACCGCAAUCGGUCCAUACCAUUCGCAGCCAAUCAGUUCCGUUCACCCGUCAGCCUCGCGAUUCCAGUGGUCCGUUUCGCGAGCCAAUAAACGACCGCCGUUCAAACGGGAAAUACGUAAUGCGACGUUAACCGAACGACAUCUCGUUGAGGAAACAAAGAAAAGACAAAGAAGAAAUUUUAAUCCUUGAAAUACCCCUUCCCCAUCCUCGUCUCGAUCCUUAGUCGAGCACCGUUGCGAGAUCGCGAAGCACAGGGCUGAUUUUCGGGGCGCAAAGGAAAGACACGCCAUUGGCGUUCGCGAAACGUGCUUCCGCUGUUUUACCGAUCGCGCGGAUCCUCCGUCCCCACUUUAUCGAAAAAGCAUCGAUGAUAGUGCGAUUACCGCUGGUGCAACUGCGAGGGAGUAGUAACUGAGCGGAUGAAAGAACGAGAAUCAUUCUUGGAUGGACAGUGGUAUCGUGGUAAAGUGCGAUUGCAGUCUGGAAAAGGUAGGCUGGCAGCGAGGAAGAGGAGAGUGGCGCGGUGAGAAAGAGGGAGAGGAGGAAGAGAGAGAGAGAGAGAAAGCGGGCGCGUGUGGCAAGGUCGGUGUGGCGUGCGGUGAAGUUUACGGGCUUUAUUAAAGUGCAGUCGGACGGGUUGAAAAAAACAAUCGACGGACAUAAUACGGCGCCCCGUGAAGUCCGAUGUCUAGUGCUGAGGUGGUGGAGAGCUCC